AUGUUGAUGCUACGUUGUGCAUCAUUUUACUACACCAUGCUCCCAGACGACGAAUCCGUUCCUACAGUUGAGAGGUGCAGUUCAGAUACCGUUGCAGACGAUGGAGAGGAGCUUGCCUUUGCUCCAGGUCGAUCGCGAUGGACGCUGAUUAAUGGGAAAUGGUGGUAUCGAUCAAGUUACCCUGGUGCUCUUCUGUUCAACUUUGGAGCCUUCAUGCUUCCGGCCCUGUAUGGGACGCUGUCGAAGCUGUGGGUUGCAAAUAUUGAUUCCUCAAUGGUCGCCACGACAGAUGCAUAUACAUAUAUAGGUGUUGUCGUUGAGGUGUUGAACGAAGGCCUCCCUCGCGCCGCAUGGGUUAUCAUCGGCGAUGUGAAGCGGUCAUUCAAGUCGCGGUUGGGAAUUGCCCAUUCUCUCAUUGCAUUCCAGGCGCUCCUUGGCCUGAUUAUGAGUGUCAUUUUUGUAUCGGCCGCACGGGGAUUUUCUGACGCAUUCGUGCCCGGCGCUGCCAAAGAUGUCACUAUCAACUAUGUCCGCAUCAGCGCGUUUUCCGCACUGAGUUCUACAAUUGAGGUUGCCGUCGCGAACUCUACGAGGGCUCUGGAUAAGCCGGAUAUUCCACUAAUCAUCAGCUCGACAAAGUUUGCAAUCAACAUUGUUCUUGAUUUUUUGAUUAUUUCUAAAUUCCAUGUUGGGAGCCAUAGGCCGACGGUUACCAUGCAGGCAUCGAUCCGGCUUGCCUGUGAUAUGACCUCCGCCAUUGUCGGUGUGGUUUACUUCUUCAGCAUUACGAGCAUCGACAAGCUUGCGCAUAAAUGGACCUGGAGAGCAUCGCCCCCUUCUCUCACGGCACUGCUGGUGCUGGCUCGGCCAGGAUUUAUCACUUUCGUUGAAUCAGCGAUCAGGAACGCGCUUUACCUUUGGCUGGUCACUGGGAUUGUCGCCAUGGGCUCUGGCUACGCGACAGCGUGGGGUGUCUUCAACACUAUUCGCUGGGGCCUGAUAAUGGUCCCUGUCCAGUCACUGGAGAAUGCUUCCUUGGCCUUUGUAGGUCAUGCUUGGGGACGUUGGAGACACGAGAUUGGAAUAAACGAGAGAAGGCCGAAGUGUGGCCGCAGAGACCUCCUAGUUUCAACCCAGCUUGCAUCUAUUCUCCUGGCCACCCGUCCGUCGUGGUAUCUAUACCAAUCACUCCUUUCCAACCUCCUCUAUGUGCUUCCGUGGGCAACUGUCUGCCAGGUCGCAAACCUCGAUGCGCAAAAUGCAUGGACAUAUCACAGCAUCGUAUUUGGAGGCAGCCUUUUGUUUUCCUUUUUUGAUAUCCUUCUCGUUGAUGCAUUGUGGGCGUGGAGGCUUCUCACUGGAAAGAUGCACUUAGGGAAAUUUCACAAAGCGUAG